CUCUAAGCCAAUAGGGACGAAGCAAGGCUGUAGUGGGCGGGGCUUUCCUUGUACGGGCAUCAGUUGUUUAAAAUGUCUCCCUAACAACCGAACUGGGAGUCACAGAGCAGAAGUUUUCGCUGGAUAAAGGCCUCGAGUCGGAAUGGCUGGGACAGGCGAGGGGAAGAAAGAGGAGGCCGACUACAAGAGACUGCACAGCUUCCCUCUCAUUAGGCACACGGACAUGCCGGAGGAAAUGCGAGUUGAGACCAUGGAGCUUUGUGUCACAGCCUGUGAAAAGUUUGCCACCAACAAUGAGAGUGCAGCAAAGAUGAUCAAGGAGUCCAUGGACAAGAAAUUCGGCAGCUCGUGGCACGUGGUGAUUGGCGAGGGCUUCGGCUUCGAGGUUACACACGAAGUGAAGAACCUGCUCUACAUGUUCUUUGGAGGGAGUCUGGCCGUGUGUGUGUGGAAGUGCUCGUAGCGCCUCCUCGCUGCCCCUCCUCCCCUCUGACUUGCUCACUGGGCUGGGAAUGAACACCAGCUAGCAGCCAGACGCUGGUUACACUGUUGUUGCGGCAGGUUAGUUUGUCCACAUUACCAGCCACUGUGGCAGGUAAGAAACCGUCAGCUGGAGAUGUUGUCCAGUUUAAAAUGCAGUUGACAGGAAAGGGAAUUUUUGAGUGCGACAGUCACUUUGGUUGGUAGGCAUAAAAAUAGCUUCCUGCCUUGUUCGUCACUUUUCCUUUCUUCUCUUUGUUUUCUACACUCCGUCCGUCUCUGAAGCCGUAUACAUGGUCCUACGCAUUUUGUGAGCGUGCAUGUGCAGGAACGUAAAGCUCAACUUUUACAAACAAUACAGCCAGCCAGGGUCUCCAAAGUCCUUUAUCCUCAUUCCUCUUCAGGGAGCGUGUGUGUGUGUGGGUGCGUUUAUAUGUUUGUGUGUGCUGGACACACACUGUUUUUUGAAAUAACAUUUCAUUGUCACCGUCCCAGCAGUUUGUGCAACAGCAGACUGUCCACACAUACGUAACUUUUCACACGUGGCUUUCUCUCUCUCUCUCUCUCGAACCGCACUAAUCUUUCAAUAAAGUUUUUAAUAUUUUUUAUGUGUACAUAUUUUGAUGCAACUUGAAAACUUCUUUUUAAAGACCAGUGUCAUCUUCUUACAGCUAAAGACUCAGAGCCUCCUGAGCCGAACAAACACUAAACCCAACCCACCUUUUCUUCCUGUAAAGAUGUUUGUAAUAAUCCCUAAUAAUAAUAACAUUCCCCCUCCGCUGGGUGAUGUUAGCAAUGUGAUUGUUUUCAUGUUGAUGCCAGUUUUAAUGAUCCUGAGCAGUGGAUCAUUUUGUGUGAAUUAAUCUGAUUGUACAAUAAACCCUGAGAUGUGGUGAAAUGGGAACUUAAA